UGCACACAUCGUCACUUCAUCUCGAUCCACAAAGAUGAACGCAUUUCUCACCACCCUUCUCUGCACCUUGGCCGCUACGGCUCUGGCUGAGAUCAGUCCCAACAUCGUUGGAGGCAGCAAUGCAGCCUCAAACGAGUUUCCCUGGCAAGGAAGUCUUCAGGUGAGGAGCGGCUCCAGCUGGUUCCACAUCUGCGGCUGCGUCCUCUACACCACCACCAAGGCCCUCACUGCCGCCCACUGUCUCUCCAACAGCGCAAGCAGCUACCGUCUGGGUUUUGGCAUGCUCAGAAUGAACAAUGUUGAUGGAACUGAACAGUACUCCUCAGUCACCUCCUACACCAACCAUCCGAGCUACAAUGGUAAUGCUGCUGGCUAUCCCAACGACAUCGCAGUUCUGAGACUGCAAACCUCCAUGGACACAAGCAGCGCAGCUGUAGGAACUUCAGUCUGGCUUCUGGUACAACGACUAUUCCGGACAAACAGCCACGAUCAGCGGAUGGGGAAGACUCUCUGGAGGUGGAAGCACCCCAACAACCUCCAGAAGGUGGACAUGACCGUAUUGACCAACAGCGACUGUUCCAGCAGAUGGUCUGGCAUCAGUGGAGCCACUGUCAACAGUGGACAUAUCUGCAUUUUUGCGUCUGGCAAAUCUGCUUGCAGUGGUGACAGUGGUGGCCCGAUGGUUGUCGGUAAUACGCUGACUGGAAUCACGUCAUGGGGUAUCAGCUCCUGCUCUGGCAGCUACCCAAGUGUCUACACUCGCGUGUCCUCCUUCAACUCCUGGAUUCAGGGACAGUAAAAUGCACUCCUUGUAGAGUCGGCGCUUCCUGUUUCAUGAAUAAAGUGCACAAAACAUUCAAA